UCUGAAAUUAACCAUUCGACGCGCUAGGAUCGGUUAGUUGAAACCGUUGCUGUUGAGAAGUGGUUUAGUGGUUACGAAUGCCGUGCGUACGCACCUAUCCUAAAACUCUCCUCAGAACCUGUAAAAAAAUCGAAUAAGUGUUCGAGUGGAAGGAGAGUGGCAUUGUUGACAAAUUUAAAUGAUUGUGUUGUGUUUCGUCGGUGUAGUGAGGAGAUUUCAGGUCGAAUAAUGCCUUUACGGCCACGUAUUAACCUUACUACCUGCUACACAGUGCCUGUUAAAACCUGAAGUUUUGAACAUAAUGAAACCGCAAGUGGACAUAAAAAACUCCCAAAUCAAGUAGCACAAAAUGAAAGAAAUAUGUUCACAAGUGAGGGCAACCCUCGCUUGGAGUCGCGAGAUGAAUCAGUGAAUCCCCCAAUGGUUCAACAUCGAAAUGUUGAAGCACAUGUUGACCACGAACGGGGGUGUCGCAAACCGCGUCUCCCGUCCAGAUAGCUCGAUGGUGAUGGAGCCCCGGAUCGAGCAGGGGGCAUAUAGAUACCGGUCUCCGAACGCCAACAGCUCUCGCAUCUCGCAGCAGUACCCCCUGAACGUCUCCCAGCUUCACUCCCAGAACAAUCUGGACGCCUCCAAGCACUCCAUUUACAGCAAUGCUACUGUCUUGCCCCAGAACAAAACGCUCAAUGGCGGGCUUAACAUCUCCAGGGUGCGAAACCAAAGCACCGUUAACAAGUUUAUGGCCAAGUCUAAACAAGUCGGCGUUAAGGAAAUGCUCGUCAGUUUGGGCCUUUUGUGUCUAGUGAGUUUGCUACUAGCGUUGUUGUCACUGAUUUUUCUGUUGAAAAUAUCACCAGUGACCGCCAGCGAUAUCCGAGAAUUGCUAAGAGCCGAACAAUUAACGGUGAUCACAGCCGAGGAGUAUGUUGUGGUGUAUGAAGUGACGUUAGCCUUAUGUGCACUGACUUUAUCACUUAAUUUAUGUUGUUUAUUAGUGUGCGCCAUCCAGUUUUUAUUUGCCGUUAAACUAGUGAAAAGCCCACACGGCGGAAACGAUAGGACUAACAAAUAUCUGCAAAAGUCGUCCGUGAGUCGCGUAUGCGCAGUUGGGGGAUUUUUCAUCUCAAUCCCAGUUUUUCUAACCGGGAUUAUCCUGUACACUUUCAUCCAAUUCCACUCGACUCCUGCGAUCGUUACGAGUGUGUUCAUCGGCUUGGGGAUAAUUUUCUGCGGUUGUGCGAUGGUCCACAAUGUGUUUAUCUGGCAACGAGAGAAAACCAACGCUGUCAAAGAACUGGCUUUAGCCCAACACGAGCAAUCCCAGAGCCAUAACUCCUUCCAUAGCGUCGCUCCAACCACGCAACUGAAUCACUCCCAUAUCAGUCACGUGAACCACAGUUUUGGCCACCCUGUGGCCCCAGCCACCCAUACGAGUCCGUAUGUUGUCAGACCUGCGACCACGACGCCACCCACGGCCGAAAAUCUAAACUUGACGAAGUUGUCGCAUCCGAGGGAGGCGAGUGGGAGUGUCAGUCCGGGGAUGCCCACAGCGACCUUGGAACUGAGCAGUGUUGCCACCACAAACUCGCCACACGAGUUGUCAACUCUAGUUUGAAAACCAGUCAUUGUUACUAUUAUUUAUCAGAAGUUUUUAUUAUUGUAUAUAGAGGGCUAGAGGGUAUUUAAAGAUUGUAUAUACCGCUUUGUUUCACAACGGUUUUUGUGUACAUUUGUGAAAUUUCAAAGAGUUUUUUAGUACAAAACAGUCUCACUGCCUAUUUCAGGUUUGAUAUUAUUGCCGUCUGUUACUGGAAUCUAGAUUAAUAUAUUUUAUACUGAUUUUAUAUCUAACAAAUUGCCUUUAUAUGAAUAAACGUUUCAAAAAACCCACUACGCACCAAAUGACAAUCCAGCAA